CUCGUGACCACGUCAUGUCGGGGCGGUCAGGCCACAUGGGCGGAUUCCCGGACCUGGCAGUAUUAACUAUCAACGGCUCGUCCUUGAACGCUUUCCGAGUCCGACGAAAACAGAAGAACUGGUCACUUUUUCCCCAGUCGGGUGUUCUCGCGCGUCCUGUUGGCACAAAUUAGACCAAUCUCCUCUCUAUGCCCUGAUCACCCUCUGGCACUAUAACUAGAUUCUCCAUUUCUCUUUUCCCGUUUUUGUUCUUGCUCCCCCCUAUUCUCGGCCUAGAACUCGUCGUUGGUAAUGUCUGCAGCCGGAGGAACCAUUCGCGGGACCACUAGCAACAGGACUGUUGGAAGAGGCAGGCUCCCUGAUUUUGAUAACGCUACGUCGCACAUCCCACGUCCAAAGAACGAGCCGGCUUCUGUAAACAACCCUGGUAGCGACGUCGGCAGCAACGCUAUGAGCACCGCGAGCAGACAAAGGCAGAACCAGUCGAAGCGCGAUGAGGUACUGUACUGAACGCAUUUCUGAUCCCAAAUCCACCACAAUUGAGCCCCGUUGCAAUGCUGCGUAGCAUUGCUGGAACCCUCAUUGGACGUUCUUUAGCUGACAUUUUUGCGGGGGUAACCCUGGUCCAGGCGAUUCGACGGAAAUUGGAGGCCGACCUCAACAAGAAGAAACAGCCAACGAAGAAGCCCAAUCGCACCCGCAGGGCUCCUCCGGGGUCUGUGCUUGCUUUAAAGCCCACGCAGGCGCUGCAAAUCAAGCCCGGGACCACCGUUGCCGAGGCUGCUCAAAUGAUGGCUGCGAAGAGGGAAGACUGCGUCCUGGUGACCGACGAUGAAGACAGAAUCUCCGGUAUUUUCACCGCCAAGGAUCUGGCAUUCCGCGUUGUCGGGGCUGGCAUAAAAGCUCGGGAUGUGACUGUUGCGGAUAUCAUGACCCAGAACCCCCUGUGCGCGAGGACCGAUACCAGUGCGACGGACGCGCUCGAUCUCAUGGUUAGGAAAGGAUUCAGACACCUGCCGGUUAUGGAUGAGAACCAGGAUAUUUCAGGUGUUCUAGACAUUACGAGAUGCUUCUAUGAUGCAAUGGAGAAGCUGGAGCGCGCCUACAGCUCGUCCCGCAAGCUGUACGAUGCGUUGGAGGGUGUGCAGACCGAGCUCGGCUCUAGCCAGCCCGAGCAGAUUAUUCAGUAUGUUGAAGCAUUGAGGCAUAAAAUGUCCGGUCCAACUCUCGAAACCGUGUUGGACGGUUUGCCCCCAGUGACUGUUUCGGUACGCACGUCUGUCAAGGACGCUGCGGCUGUUAUGAGGGAGAACCACACAACUGCCUUGCUUGUGCAAGACCAUGAUUCGGUCACCGGCAUUUUCACGAGCAAGGAUAUUGUCCUCCGAGUCAUUGCCCCUGGCCUUGAUCCUGCCACUUGCAGCGUCGUUAGAGUGAUGACCCCACACCCAGACUUUGCUUCGACGGAUAUGACCAUUCAGGUUGCUCUUCGCAAGAUGCAUGACGGUCACUAUUUGAAUUUACCUGUGAUGAACGAGAGCGGGGAGAUUGUGGGCAUGGUGGAUGUUCUCAAGCUCACAUACGCCACUCUUGAACAGAUCAACACAAUGCAAAACAACCAGGAUGAUGAGGGCCCUGCGUGGAACAAAUUCUGGCUGUCAAUGGACCACGACACGGACUCGUUGCUUUCUGGAAGCCAAACCCGUACUGCCAAUCGCUCUCAUCUUAGCCCCGACUUGUCUAGACACGGAUUUGAAGGAGGCAGAGACAGUGUAUUACCUAACGAGUCCGCAUCGCAUAACGGAGAAUCACACUCAGAAUUUAUAAUUGAACAUCAACAUGAAGAGCUCGCGCCAUUUCCUUUCAAAUUCAAGGCUCCUAGUGGUCGGGUGCAUCGAGUCAACGUCUUCCCAGGCUCCGGAGUUGUCGAUCUGGUCGAUCAAGUAACGGCCAAGCUCGGGCCGGAGGUUGAGGCUGUUGGCGGUGCUCCUGUCUUCGAAGACGAGAAACUCAGCAGCACUGGUUAUGCUCUGAGCUACCUGGAUAACGAGGGCGACACCGUCUCGAUCACCACUGACCAGGAUAUGAGGGAUGCCGUAAAACUCGCACGACAGUCGCGCCGUGACAAGGUUGAUAUGUUCGUCCAUGAUCCCACUCAGCCUCCUGUCCCUCCUCCAGUUGAAAAGGCCCCGGAAGACAAGAAUGUCACCUUGGUCGACGAACAACAGGCCGAAGAUGCACUCAAGACAAGAGCCGCGUACCAGGGUCCUCCAGAGGAGUUUAUCUCAGGCGUGCCUAACGAGCUGCUGCUCCCUGGUGCGAUUGUGACCUUGGCUGCAGUUAUCGCUGUGGUGUUUACAUUGAACCGCAUUGGUAGCAACAGGUAAUUGUUCUAGUGUUAUUUGUAUAUUGACUUCUUUCUCCCACUCGGGGGUCGCCUUAUAUCUUCCGAUGGCACUGGUGAUUGAUGCCGCUUGUCCUUUCGGACUGUACAGGUUGUCUUCUGUCGGUUUACAGCGUCUAUUCUUCCUCUUGUAACACUUGUGUCCCUCUUUUGCAUUUACUUUCAUUUGUUCCUAUUACUCAAGUCUCUUUGAACAGUUGAAUUCAUUAUUCGUGUACCGCUGUUUGUUGCUAUCAUCACUAUUGCAGAUUUAGGGCUCAAUGCACAAGUAUCCUCCAUGGCAAAAGCAGGAUGUUGAUGUAAUACUAGACAAAUAAAAAUAGCACACUGCGCUGUAAUAUAAUAUGAGGAGGGAAGUAGGAGAAAGAAAGGGAUGCGUAAAAGGAUACCUUAGGUACCUAAUAGCAGAUCAGCCUGAUUGGGUCUAGCGCCGAGUUUGCACAGGUUCGCCGAAUUUG